AUGACAGUAUCACAAAAGAUCAAGUUUAAAAAGGAAUUAAAAGACUUUUUGGAAGCAAAAACUAAUCAGAUGUAUCCUGAAAGUUUUAAUAUUCGAGUAGACAAUAAAGUUGAAGCAGAAAUUUAUUCAACAACAAUUAAACAUUAUGUCCCUCCACAUUUUACAUUUCGGCAUUUCUGCCCUCAAAAUAUUUCAUAUUUCCCAAUUAUUUCUUUAAUUGGAGGAUCUCUAUCAAUUCGAGCACAUUACCGGUCAAUCAACACUACCGGCGAUUUACAUGUUCAAAUUGGGGCAAUGAGUGCUGAAUACGAAAAAUCAACUAAUUCCAAAAUUGUCGAGUGCUACUCGAAAGUCGGACUUGUAAAUGUUCUUUUUAACCCCGAAUUGAGUUUAGAAGUGGACAAGGCAUUAGCUGAAGAUGUUAGAGACAAAAUUAAAGAAGUAUUGUGUAAUCAACUGACGAAAUUUGUUGAGCAAAACGAACAGAAAAUCAAAGAAUAA